UCCUAGUCGAGCGCACAAUGGCGUCUCCCCCAUCUUCCACCGUGAUCCAGAUGCCUCCAACACCACACAACAACGGCGAACCGACGCUGGCCCCGGCCACGCCAAAGGACGCCGGUGACGUGCCGACCACGGCGCCCGCAGCAGCUGCCGGACCAGCACCCACGGCGACGGACAAGGUGAUGUCGAGUGCGGCGAACCUCGCGCAGCUCCUGCCGACGGGCACAGUGCUGGCGUACCAGGCGCUGUCCCCGUCUUUCACCAACCACGGCAAGUGCUUCUCCUCCAACCAGUGGCUCACCGCAGCGCUGGUCAUCGUCCUCGCCGUCCUGUGCGUCCUCUUCUCCUUUACCGACAGCGUCCUCGGCCGCGACAAAAAGCUCUACUAUGGCAUCGCCACGCUGCGAGGUUUCAACGUCUUCAACUUCUCGGACGAAGAGGAGAAGCUGCAAUGGACUCCCGCCGAGUUCCGGAGGCUCCGCAUCCGGCCGCUGGACUUCGUGCGCGCCGUCUUCACGGCCCUGGUGUUCCUCACCGUGGCCUUCAGCGACGUGGGGCUGCAGAACUGCUUCUUCCCCAACACUGGCAUGAACACCCAGGAGCUUUUCAAGAACCUGCCUCUGGGCAUCGCGUUUCUGUCCAGUUUUGUGUUCAUGAUCUUCCCCACAAAACGGAAGGGCAUCGGCUACAGCGACACCACUCCUCGACAAAAGCUCACUUGAUGUUAAUAUCAGUUGUUUCUGAACAGUUAGAUAGAUUAAGAGUAUACCGUAAAUCGACGUAUAUAGUUACUGUAACUUUGUUGUUUAGAUCACUUGUUUUUUAAGUUAAAAUGUAGUGUAAUCAGGGUAUAGGAGUAGUAUGACUUAUUACAUUUUUUGGGGAAAUACUUGUGUAUUGUUUAAUUUAUUCAUGCAAAAUUUAAUGAAAC